CAAAACAAAAAUCCAAAGUUUUUUCUUGUUCUUAUGUCCAAUAUAUAUACAUAUAUAUAACAACAUAGCACGUCUUGUCCUUGGAUCAUUGACUGUUGACGGUCUGUUCUCGUGUCGGUUCUGAGCAUUUUCCAGUAGAGGGUUCCUUCGUUUCUUUUUUUGCCAAGAGAAUUAAAAAGGGAAAGUGAAAAAAAGAAGGAAAAAAAGUCAGGGAAAAAGUGGUUUCGUUUUUAUAUCUUCUUGGGUUUCUAUCAGAAAAUGGAGGCCACAGAGACAGAGCUUUAACAGAAAAAAUAUUUUUAGUUUAUUUUUUCAUGGAAUUUCUCUUGGUAUCUGGAAAUGGCGGAUUUUGUUCUACUUCAACUUCAGUUUUUCCAUUCCAAAACUCACAUCUUUUUCAGUUGCAGAACUACUACUAAACGAGCAAAGCUUUAAAAGCUUUAAUGGCGGAUUUCAGCUCUCAGCCCUCUCCAACAGAAAAACCCAGAAGACUCAUUUCCUCAUCUCUCUUCAUGAGCUCUCCACGGCUCUUCACAAGCUUCACUUCGAAAAACUUCUCCGAAACGACCGAAUCCGUUAUGAGCCCGACCUCCAUUCUCGACAGCAAACCAUUCUCAUCUUUCAACCUCAAAAACCCAUUUUUCUCAGACACAAAAUCAGCCUCCGACCAAGAAAUAACCACCCCCAAACACCGCCCCUGGGACAAAGGAAUCGGCCUCGGAAUCGUCGACGCCUUAAACGACGAGAAAUCCGACCAAAAGCAGCCCAAUUCCGAGACCCGAAUGGUCCUUUUCGGGUCCCACCUCAAGAUCCAAAUCCCUCUGCAAAACUCCGAUUCUUCCGAUUUCGGCAUUAAAACGAGGAAUUCUCAUCUGGGGUUUUCUCCUAUCGAGAAAUCGGCUUCUGGGUCGGCGAGUUUCGGAGCUGAAAGUACUCCAAUGGAGCUCUCAGAGGACUACACUUGCGUCAUCACUCACGGGCCGAACCCGAAAACGACACAUAUUUUCGACAAUUGCGUUGUGGAGGAGAGCUGUUUUGGUGUCGUUGGAUUCUCUGGAGCGAGAAAGGAGGGUGGUGAUGAUCAAAUUUUUUAUUCUACUUUUCGUUCGGAGAAUUUUCUCAGCUUUUGCUGCACAUGCAAGAAGAAUCUUGGGCAGGGAAACGAUAUCUACAUGUACAGGGGUGAGAAAGCAUUUUGUAGCCAUGAAUGCCGUUAUGAGGAGAUGUUGUUGGAGGAGAGUGAAGAUAAAAUGGGAUUUGAUGGUGUUUAAAGGGAAUAUGAAUGGUUCUCAAGAGUUCUUUUCUUCUCUAUUUGCCAUCAAUCUUGUGUUCUUCAAAGCCAACUAGAAAUUCUCUGAUCCUUAAUUAUAUACCAGAGGCAAAAGAGAUUAUAAAAAUGAAAAACCAAUCUUGGUUAUCUUUUUUCUCUUUUUUAAAAAAAAAAAAAAAAAAAAAACCUUUCUUCAUCACUUUCUGAUGUGCUUCUCUCUAUGUGGAGAGGAAGAGUGGAAGUGAAAGAGCUGAGAUAUUAUUCUUGUAUAGUUGAAUUUUGAUGAAUUUUAUGAGUUGGUGAUUGCUUGCUGUUGGGUAUUUCGUCCAGAGUUUUUGGCAUUUCAAAGUUUGUGAUGAUGAUCCUGACUAAAGCUGACAAUUAUCUAAACUUUGUUUACGUUGUGUACCAAUUACCAAAUAAAGCUUUAAACUAAGCCAAAUGUAGUAGGACCCGUUUUACUCAUUUGUCGUAGAUUCUCUUCUUUUCAUGUCUCUUUUUCUACCCCUUCAAUCAUUCAUGUCCGUUUCUUUUCGACCUCUCUUCCAAGAAGGAAGACUUAUUUGGUAACUACUGGUUUUGCUAAUUAGCACCAAUGAAAGGACCGAUUGUAUUAACUUU